CUCCACCGCCUCUAGGAGCUCAGUUGACCAGCGUCGCAACUGGGCGAUGCGCCUCCUGGAGAGCCUCUGUACCUUUUUGCGGCGGAUUUUGACAUUCACAUCGCAGCCUUACAUCCUCACAUCUGAAUGACAUUUAGUUUUUUCCUCUCGUCGCUGAUUUCUUUAGGUCACGUUACUCUAAUUUUGAGAGAAAACUAUUCACAGGACAAGGUUUUCGGUUACAUAUCUGAAAACUGAACACUCGCAACAGGCAUUUUUUUUAUUUUUUUAUAACGAUCCCCCUGUGGGAGGAUUUGCUUUCAAAAUACCGAUUUCCAGCCAGAGACAACUGAUAACUUAAUCGAAGAUGCUACGUGAAACGACAGACAAACUCGCUUGAUUUUGGUAAUUGGUGUCCUCAGUUUGUGUUUUUUUGGAGACUCGAAAGCAUCUUCAGACAGACUACAGGGAGCAGAGGAGGCUGUUUCACCGUCUACAGGCUGUUGUAAGGUCUGGAUGACAGAGCUGAGGGAAUGAAAGGGAUGGAGAGACAAAAAAGGAAGAAAUUAAAGAGAAAGACACAACAGAAAGAAGCAGAAGGAAAAUGGGUGAUACAGAGAGAAAAAGAGAUUGAUUUCUGUGAUGCAGACCGCUUUUGGCCUUGACUGUCUCGCCUGAAAAACAAAGGAGUAACCAGCAGCCAUGCUGUCAUUGGAUGAGCCGCUGGACCUGAAGCUUCCCUCAGGACGGACAGAUGGUCCAGUGAGAUUUGGAAAGAGGGCUUGUCCUUCUUCUAUCUGUGCCCCUCUCAGCGUCACACGACCACGCCUGCUAUGCACAACCUUUCCUUCACCACCUUCAUCCCCAGAUUCCCAGUCUCCCUCUCAAGAACGACCCGGGUCCUGCUUCAGUCCUCCAGCCAUGGACCUCAGCCUGUCACCCUCCUCCCGCCAUGCCUCCUCCCUCUCCCCGUCUCCUUCCUCCCCCUCCUCCCUCUCCCCUUCCUCUCCCCUCGAGUCCCCUCACAGCAGCAGCAGCCCUCAGCCACAUCUCUUCUCACGGGAACCAGUUCGUCAUCGAGGCAUGGAGGGCGGAGUUUCACCACAGGGUUAUCCAUUUUAUCUGCCGAUAGGAAGCCCACCAAGGGCAUACAGCUUUCCCUCCUCGAUGUUCAUUGGUCAGAACAGAGAGAAACAAGUUUCACCAGAGCCCUCAUUGGAUGGUCAGCUGGCCUGUCGAUGGAUGAAGUGCCACCUGCUGUUCGACUCACUGCAGGAUUUAGUGGAUCAUAUCAACGACUUCCACGUCAAACCUGAAAAGGACUCUGGCUACUGUUGCCAGUGGGAGGGCUGUGCAAGGAAUGGGAGAGGCUUUAAUGCCAGGUAUAAAAUGCUGAUUCAUAUUCGCACACACACCAAUGAGAAGCCACACCAUUGUCCCACCUGUAACAAGAGCUUCUCACGUCUGGAAAACCUGAAGAUACACACUCGGUCACACACAGGUGAGUCCACAAUGAAAAACAAUGCAGCCAUGUAGCAAUCUAAUGAUAUG